GUUAUAAUAUCCUUGAUAUUACAGCCCUAAAUUUAUAUCACCUGCUUUCAGAUCCCAACCCUCCCUGGGUGCAUCCUUCUGCCGGAACAAUGGUCUGGAUGGGAAACCAGACUCUCAUUCCCCACUUCAUCCUCCUUGGCCUCUUCACCCACUCCCCGCUGCACUUCUUCUUCUUCUCCAUCAUCAUGGUCAUGUUCCUGGUGGCCCUGUCUGCCAAUGGGCUCAUGAUCCUCCUCAUCAAUUUUGACUCCCGCCUCCACAGCCCCAUGUACUUCUUCCUCAGCUGGCUGUCCCUCAUGGAUCUCAUGCUCAUCUCCACCAUUGUGCCACGGAUGGCUGUGGAUUUCCUCCUGGGUGGUGGCGCCAUCUCCUUCACAGGCUGUGGGCUCCAGAUCCUCUUCUUCCUCACCCUCCUGGGGGAUGAGUGCUUCCUGCUGGCCUUCAUGGCCUACGACCGCUACGUGGCCAUCAGCAACCCACUGAGGUACUCGGUGGUCAUGAGCCGUCGUGUCUGCUGGAUCAUGGUGGCGGGGUCCUGGCUUUUUGGACUGGUGGACGGGCUGAUCCAGGCUGUCUUCACCCUCCGCUUCCCCUACUGCAGCUCCCAGGAGAUCGACCACUUCUUCUGCGAUGUUCCCACUGUGCUCAAGCUGGCCUGUACUGAUACUUCCCUUUAUGAGACCAUGAACUAUGUCUGCUGCAUGCUCAUGCUGCUCCUACCCUUCUCUGUCAUCUCUGCCUCCUACCUGUGGAUCCUGGUGGCUGUGCUCUGCAUGCACUCCACUGAAGGUCGGCAGAAGGCCUUUGCUACCUGCUCCUCCCACAUGGCAGUGGUCUCCCUCUUCUAUGGGGCUGCAAUGAUCACCUACAUGCGACCCCAGGCUUACCACUCCUCAAAGCAGGACAAGGUGGUCUCCGCCUUCUAUACCAUGAUCACCCCCAUGCUCAACCCUCUCAUAUACAGUCUGAGGAACAAGGAAGUAACUGGGGCUCUGAGGAAACUCCUGGGAAGGUGUCCCUGUGGCAGGGAGACAGAGCUAGGUUGGCACCAGCAGAUAUGGGAUUCUUGA